CUCUAUUUCUUCUAUGGUCCUUUAACCCUUUGUACUUUUCUGGGUUUUCUUUAGCUUCUCUCUUUGCUUUCACAUGCAUGGAAGAGGAAACUAAGACAAACCCAUUGCUUGUUUUUGCUUCAACUUUAACCUUGUUCUUGAGCAAGUGACGAAUUCAGCUUGUUUUUGGGGUGAAGGAUUAGUGGAUUGUGCUGCUUACGGGGUUUUAGCAUCAGUUUUUUUUCUUGUUGAUUUGUAUCAAAGUUUAGAGCUUUGAGGAAUAGUAAAAAGAGUAAAUUUAGGAGUUGUAUGAAGCAAAAGUUUUAACAAUGGGAGAAGGGAAACCUAAGAAAAGCAAGCUCUCCUGGUCCAAGAAAAUGGUCAGAAAAUGGUUCAAUAUCAAGAGCAAAACUGAGGACUUUCAAGCUGAUGAUCAUGUUUGUGGAGGAGGAGGUGAAGUUGAAUAUAGGACCAGCUUCUCGGAAAGGGAUCCAUGCACAAUCAAAAAGAGUAAAACAGAAAAAUUUAGUAGGAGUACGGAGCAAAGCCGGCGAGGUAGAAUGAAUCUCGAUCACCCUCGAAUCAUAGAUGUCGAAAAUUAUAGCAUCUUUGUAUCUACAUGGAAUGUGGCUGGAAGAUCCCCACCGAGUAAUUUGAAUCUAGAAGAUUUGCUGCAUGCCUCGUCUCCGGCAGAUAUAUAUGUCCUUGGGUUUCAAGAGAUAGUUCCUUUGAAUGCUGGGAAUAUUCUGGGUGCAGAAGACAAUGGUCCAGCCAAAAAAUGGUUGUCUCUCGUUCGAAAGACUCUAAACAAUCUCCCCGGAACCAGCGGAUGCGGGGGUUGUUAUACACCAUCUCCUGUUCCUCAGCCCAUUGUCGAGGUGGAUGCUGAUUUUGAGGGAUCAUCUAGGCAGAAGAAUUCAUCUUUCUGUCACCGCCGAUCGUUUCAGACAACCAGCAGCUGGAGAAUGGACAACGAUCCCUCGAUUCCACAACCACGACUUGAUAGGCGAUUCAGUGUUUGUGAUAGGGUAAUAUUUGGUCAUAGACCGAGUGACUACGACUCCAGUUAUAGAUGGGGUAACAGGCCAAGUGACAACGACUCCAGUUAUAGAUGGGGUAAUAGGUCUAGUGAUUUCUCCCGGCCUAGCGACUACUCCCGACCUAGUGAUUACUCCAGAAUGGGUUCAUCAGAUGAUGAUAAUGGGAUCACGGAAUCACCAAGUACCGUAUUGUACUCGCCAAUGUCCUAUGGUGGAUCUGCAUCCGAACAGGGAUAUAGGAUGCCUGGGCAUUCAAGAUACUGCCUAGUGGCUAGUAAGCAAAUGGUUGGCAUAUUUAUCACAAUCUGGGUGAGAAGCGAGUUGAGAGACCAUGUUAAAAACAUGAAAGUAUCUUGUGUUGGCAGAGGAUUGAUGGGUUAUCUCGGAAAUAAGGGUUCUAUAUCUGUCAGUAUGUUGCUGCAUCAAACAAGCUUUUGCUUCAUAUGCACUCAUUUAACUUCUGGACAAAAGGAGGGCGACGAGCUAAGAAGGAAUGCUGAUGUCUUGGAGAUUCUUAAGAAGACAAGAUUUCCACGGGUUCGUGAUGAAGAAAAUGAAAAGUCCCCUGAAACAAUCCUCGAGCAUGAUCGAAUAAUUUGGCUCGGGGAUUUGAAUUAUCGUAUUGCUCUCUCUUACCGGUCUGCCAAGGCACUUGUUGAGAUGCAGAACUGGAGGGCAUUGUUAGAAAAUGACCAGCUACGGAUAGAGCAGAAAAGAGGUCGCGUUUUCAAGGGAUGGAACGAAGGAAAGAUUUACUUCCCACCAACGUACAAGUAUUCAAGAAAUUCGGACAGAUACACAGGGGAUGAUAUGUAUCCAAAGGAGAAAUGCCGAACUCCUGCUUGGUGCGACAGGAUAUUAUGGCAUGGAGAAGGUAUCCACCAAUUAUCUUAUGUCCGAGGGGAAUCUAAGUUCUCGGAUCAUAGACCAGUUUAUGGUAUAUUUUGGGCUGAAGUUGAGUCAAGUCGUGGCCGGUUGAAGAAGAGCACGAGUUACUCCACUUCAAGGAUUGAGGUAGAGGAGCUUUUGCCAUAUGCGCAUGGAUACACCGAUCUAAAUUUUUUCUAAA